AUGUCUUCAGAUUCAUCCCCUCUUGUGUCCCGGCGCCGCUCUGCCAAUAUCCCCUCUGAUCAAAAAAGCUUACUGGAGGGUCAAGAUUCAUGGGCAGUAGACCUUAGGAACCAGCCUCGCGGCCUGGCGCAUAUUCCUGAUUAUAUCUUGGAAGCAGCCAAAACAGCGCAUCUCGCUCAAAAGAAAACUCCACAAUCGAAGAAACGAAGUGCUACUAGUCCUAUUCCACCAGCCAGCAGCAAGCGCAUGCGAAAUUCUGAGACACCACCUCGAUCAUCACCUGAAAAAUCAAUACCUUGGAGUCCGAGUCCAGAACGAGAUCAACCCAAGCAGGCGGCCUCUAAAAAGAUAGCAAUUGAUACAACCACUCAAUCAUCAAUCGUACAAGAGACGACAAAGGCAGCUGCAAGACCAGGCCUGCGACAGCGACAACGACCUCCAAUACCGACAUUUCAAAAUCCACCCUCAUCAGAAUCUGAAUAUGACAUGGAAACGAGAAUCCCAGACGCCCAACCUCUCAAUAUCUCAAUCAAUCAAAAUGCGGUUCGUUCCAACCGAACCGUGCCGUCUCCGCUCUCUACAAACAAACCUAUGGCUACACCACCAUGCGCCCAGCCGAGCAAUCCCACACAAUCAGGCCAGGAUGCAACCGAUCCGAAUCGAAGAGCGGAAAGGAGCAAAAGUCGGCUUUCCUUCAAGAAGAUUUUCGUUGACGACUCUGAUAGAACAAAGAGAAAUUACCCUGAGAAGGAGCGUCUCAAACCCACAAUAAUGCCCCCGGUAAUCAUUAGUUCGAAGCCGACCUCAUCGUCAGAAUCUUUCAUUCCCAGUACAUACAAUGUACCCGCGACCCAGGAGUCCAUCAGAGAGUCUAUCGAGGUCAAGGAGAGAGAUAAUCGAGUGGAGGUGACAAUACCCUCAACAGCCGAUCAAGAAAUUGUGGAAAAAACUCCUAGCCGUCGACCGGUGUCUGCCAUAAAACCUAAACCCUUUCCUGGUGCUAAAAGUGCUGCUCACCAAGACAAACCGGCCCUGGAGCAAGUUCGGCAACAACUAGUUCAGGAGCAACAGGUACAGCAACCAACUACACCAACUCCAAUAGGCCCGCCACUCAUAGCCCCAGGAGCCCCUCGUGAGCCGUUUGAAACAUUUGUGCAACAUUACCCCGAGUAUGCAAGUGACAGUGGCCGGGUGGCAGCAGGCACAAAACUCGACUUCAUCACCGCGUGCAUCUAUCUGAAUUACCUUCGCUCAAGAAAAAGGCUUCGAGACUGCUUAUACGACGAGUUCAUCCGGGCCUUUCCACGGUACUAUAAGGAGUACGUGGAUAAGACUCAGAAACGAGGCAUGGAAGCCUCUGUUGCCAUCGAAUGGUUUAACGAGCAGAAAGAGCCCCAGGUCUUCAACAAGUUUUUAGUUAACAGUGGCAAUCUUAGCCACAUCUUGAGGAUGUACCCUAACGAGUUUGAAGUGAUUGAAAAGAUGCUCCAAAAUAAGAAAGCAAACGAGAUUAUUGUUUAUACGAGUUCAGAGGAUGAGGGGGAGUCGAGCGAAGAGCAAAAGAUUGCAAGCCCGGAGAUUGCGAGUCCGGUUUCAGUGCGGCCGGACAAGAAAGCUCCAGAAGAACCCUCGCCGCCUGUUGCAUCUUUAGAGAGUCAAACGGAUAAGACCUUCUCUGAGAUAUUUCCAGCAGUUGUAUCGAACCCUCCGAAGACUACGUUGCCAGUGCAGCCUGAGUCUUCAUGGGCCCAAGAUUUCAUAACGCAAGCACCUCCCCCACCUUCGCCCAAAAUCCCCGGAGAAUCAAUGCCACCGCCAUCGUCAAUACCAGACCCAGUGCGAAGGAGGGAUGAGAUCACAGGAACAUCAAUACAAAACCCAACACCAAGGAGGAGGGAUCCUCGACCGAUCAGUUAUUUCGAGAAGCUUGCCUCGAGAAGCCGCGCCAGUUCGAGUAGUAGUGCCGGCGUUACGUCAACAAUGGAUGAUGACAGAAGACGAGAGAAACUCAAGAAAUACUGGCGCAAGAGUAAGUCAAACGAAUCGCCAAAGAGUGGGGCGAAAACGCAGGGUGGUCGAAGCAGCAGUGGACGAGCGGAAAGUAGACGUUGA